UCUUGAUUAAGUUAGCCUCUGGGUAUGCCUGUGAGGGAUUAUGUUGAUUAGAUUAAUUGAGGUGGGAAGACCCACUUUAAAGCAGGCUACACCGUUCCCUGGGCUGGGCCUUGGGCUGCCUCGAAAAGGAGAAAGCUGGCUGAGCAGCAGCAUUGUGUCAGUCUUCUUCCUGACUCCGGACACAGCAUGACCAGCUGCUUCAAGCUCCUGCCGCCUUGACUUCCCCGCCAUGCUGGACUGUACCCUGGAACUGUGAGCCAAAAUAAUAAACCCUUUCCUAAAUUACUUUGAUCAGGAUAUUUUAUCACAGCAACAGGAAAAGUAACUGAGACACUUUGUCUCUCAAAUAUCCUGAGCUUUUCAGCAUAACCAACUGAAAGCACAGACUGUUGUUUAUGCUGUAGCAGAGUAGACAACUGAGAUGAUUUCCCAGUAGCAGAGUGAAUCCAACUGUUGCUUUUGAGCAGGGGUGUAACAGCCAUAUCAAGCAUCUGUAUGCCUCUCCUGAAGGUAUUCUUAUAUGCAAAUAAAAACAACAGCAAAGCUUCCACUUAACAGUAUAUAACUCUCCUGGGUGCAACUCAGAAGAAGAUUCAAGGUUCUUGGUUCAGUCGGGCCUCUCCUCUGUGUGGAAUCCAGGUGACUCUUUCCAUUAUGGAUUUAAGCUGCACUUCAAAUGGCCUACUAGAAAAAGAAGCCAGGCGAAGGAGGAUUAUUUUGAACCAGAAUCAAAAGGAUACCCUUUGUGCAUCCUUUGAAAAGAAUCCCAAUCCUGAUUUAGCUACAAGGGGACAUCUGGCCAAAGAACUUGGAAUUUCAGAGUCUCAAAUUAUGACUUGGUUUCAAAAGCACAGAAAAAUACAGAAGCAACUGGAGUUUGAAUGUUGCUUAGAAGAAUGUGAAGUCCAAGGACAGGAUAGACCUAAAGCUAAAGAAGCCGGAAGAACGCGUACACAUUUCACGAGAUUUCAAACAGAUAUCCUAAUUGAAGCUUUUGAGAAAAAUCGCUUCCCAGGGAUUGCAACCAGGGAAAAGCUGUCUAAGCAAACGGGCAUUCCAGAAUCCAGAAUUCAUAUAUGGUUUCAGAAUCGAAGAGCUCGGCACCCAGGCCCAAGACACGGGACUCACACAACAGCUCAGCUGUCUCAAAGCAGCCAGGGUCCUGCUCUGAACAGUGCCGGACAUUUUGCUCCUUCCAACACUCUCACCAGUACCUGCUCACUUGGGCCAGCUUUUUCUCCACCCCAGGAAUCCUCCAGUCCUUUGGAUCUCUCUAGAGGUCCUCCAAGGCAGUUACUGAGGACCACCAUGCUACAACCCUCGCAGAAUGUGCUGGGAGGGGAUGAUGCUCAUACUUCCUCAACACUUACUGGUCAUUUGUCAACAGUAAUAACUCUAGGAGAGGAAGAUGUGUACACUCAGGCACCCAUCUGGCUCCUAAUCCAAGGAAAAGGCCAAGAUCUCAGUGAGAACAGUGGCCUGGCUGUGCUGCCCUUGGGAGACUCUACUCAGGCUCCACCUGCUAAUCAACUCUUGCAGGAUUUGAACCAGAAAGACAUACCUGCCUUUCUGCAAUGCUGGGAUGAAUGGUUUCAAUCAAUGCUUGCUGAAUGGAUGCCAGACAAAGAAUACUGGUCUCCUGAGCAGUUAGAGAUACAUUCAUGUCAGAUGAAAGUUUAACCAACUGUAAAUAUGUCUUAUCAAGCUGACCAAACUCCACAGCAGUAGCUACAAACAUCAAGCCUUUUCAGUGAAUUCCUGUUGACCACAGAUGUUCAGGAAAGGGCUUCACCAUGUUGAAUCUGGGUCCACAGGAAGAUGACUGCCUGUGACUUAGCUUCUCGGAAGAUUUUCAGGUUCUUGUUCAUGCAGUGAGAAGCUCAGAGCUUCAGAUUCACGUGUCAGGGCUCUGAUCCAGGCCAUCUUUCCUUGGAUGCAAAAUUGGUGGAUUCAUUGAACAAUGAACACACUGAGCUCUGGAACAAGUUUAAGGCAAGAAGUAACAUAAACCAUCUGGAAACUCAAAGGGAACAAUUUAUAUAU